UUGCAAUCAAACGCUCAUUUGUUGCUUUCGUCUGUUCGCGGCGCAUUUAGGUUUUUAUUUUCACUUGAGUUUCUUGCAUUUUUCGUGAAUUAAAUACUUGCUAAAGAUUGUUAAAGACAACGCGUCAUUCAAUCAGCAUUGGCUGUGCACACACAAAAACGGCUGCAAAAUGCGUUGAUUGCGAGAUUCUGUUGUAGCCAAACAAGGCGCGACUGUGUCGCCCGCCGUCUGUGCGCCUCAACAUUUGGAAAUUAAUAUUCACAAAAGGCUACGCUUAAUAUAUAUUAUUAGCAAGAAAAUAUCGCUUGUGGCAAUCGCAUGAAUCUACGCAUUCACUACAAAAUUAAGAUGAGCACACUCACUCUCUGUUGCCUCCUGCUGGCCAGCUGGAUGUCUGGCAGCUAUGCUAGUAAUAACAGUAAAUUAAGCACGAGCCCAACGCCCGUCAGCUCCGCACAAGUCGAUUUGGAGCCCAUCAAUGGCACCAUGAAUUAUCGGCUGUAUGGCAAAAAGGGCAAGGACGAUAAGCCCUGGUUUGAUGGCCUCGACAGCCGGCAUAUACAGUGUGUGCGUCGUGGGCAUUGCCUGGAGGUCAAUAGCACGCACAAUACAUGCUUUGGCUCCAAGCUACCCUAUGCCCUCACAAGUCUCAGCCUAACCGAUUAUCGCAGAGAAAAAGAGCUCGACGAGGCGCUCAGCAGUUACUAUGCCCUGCGACAUGUGCCCAAGUGCUGGGCUGUCAUACAGCCAUUUCUGUGCGCCGUUUUUAAGCCCAAAUGCGAGGAAAUUAAUGGCCAGGACAUGGUCUACCUGCCUUCGUACGAAAUGUGCAAGAUUACCCUUGAGCCGUGCCGCAUUCUAUAUAAUACAACAUUUUUCCCGAAAUUUAUGCGCUGCAACGAGACGCUCUUUCCCAUGAAAUGCAGCAACGAUGCACGCGAAAUGAAAUUCAAUGUAACUGGCCGAUGUAUGCCGCCCCUUGUGCCCGCAGAUAAUGCCGCCAGCUACUAUCCGGGCAUUGAGGGCUGCGGUGUGCAGUGCAAGGAUCCAUUGUACACGAACGAUGAACAUCGCCAGAUACACAAGCUGAUCGGCUAUGGCGGCACACUCUGUCUGCUGUCCAAUCUGUUUGUGGUCGCCACAUUUCUCAUCGACUGGCAGAAUGCCAACAAAUAUCCAGCUGUGAUAGUUUUUUACAUCAAUCUAUGUUUUCUCAUCUCCUGUUUUGGCUGGCUGGUGCAGUUUACGUCCGGCUCGCGCGAGGACAUUGUCUGUCGCAAGGAUGGCACACUGCGUCACUCGGAGCCGACGGCUGGCGAGAAUCUCUCGUGCAUUGUGAUAUUUGUGCUUGUCUAUUAUUUUCUUACCGCCGGCAUGGUGUGGUUCGUGUUUCUUACCUAUGCCUGGCACUGGCGUGCCAUGGGCCAUGUACAGGAUCGCAUCGACAAGAAGGGAUCGUACUUUCAUCUGGUUGCUUGGUCCCUGCCGCUGGUUCUCACCAUUACCACAAUGGCACUCAGUGAAGUCGAUGGCAAUGGCAUUGUGGGCAUCUGUUUUGUUGGCUACAUCAAUCACCCGAUGCGCGCCGGUCUACUGCUGGGUCCGCUCUGCGGCGUCAUAUUGAUUGGCGGCUAUUUCAUCACACGCGGCAUGAUCAUGCUGUUUGGCCUGAAACACUUUGCCAACGAUAUCAAGUCCACGUCGGCGAGCAACAAAAUCCAUUUGAUUAUCAUGCGCAUGGGCUUCUGUGCUCUGCUUACGCUGAUUUUUAUACUAGUUGCAAUUGCUUGUCAUGUCACAGAGUUUCGCCAUUCGGCUGAGUGGGCCGAGAGCUUUAGGCACUAUAUCAUCUGUCGCAUCAGCUCGGUUUUUGACGAAAACAGCGCCUGCAAGAUUGAGAAUCGUCCCAGCGUGGGCGUGUUGCAGCUGCACUUGCUCUGCCUGUUCAACUCUGGAAUACUGAUGUCCACCUGGUGCUGGACGCCAUCCUCUGUAGAGACCUGGAAGCGCUACAUUAAAAAAAAGUGCGGCAAGGAGGUUGUCGAAGAGGUCAAAAUGCCCAAGCAUAAAGUCAUUGCACAGACCUGGGCCAAGCGCAAAGACUUUGAGGAUAAGGGUAGACUGUCCAUAACGCUAUACAAUACGCACACCGAUCCGGUGGGCUUAAAUUUUGAUGUGAACGACCUGAACUCAUCGGAAACGAACGAGAUUAGCUCCACCUGGGUGCAUUAUUUGCCGCAGUGCGUGAAACGUCGCAUGGCAUUGACCGGCGUUACAGCCGGCAACACAAACUCUUCCAGCCAAGGAGGUCAGGGCGGACGCAAGAAUUCCCUCGACUCGGAGAUAAGCGUCAGCGUGCGACACGUAUCUGUCGAAUCGCGACGCAACUCGGUAGACUCGCAGGUGUCCGUUAAGAUAGCCGAAAUGAAAACCAAGGUGGCCUCGCGUACGCGACAACACGGCAAACACGGCUACUCAGCCAGCAGCAAUAAGCGAACACAGCGGCGCAGAGACUUCAUUGCGGCCAGCAGCGGACGCACCAAAUACAGCAGCGCUGCUGGGCGAGGACGUCGUGAGAGCAGCACCUCCGUCGAGUCGCAGGUGAUAGCGCUGAAGAAGACCACGUAUCCGAAUGCUAGUCACAAAGUGGGCAUGUUUGCCCAGAGUACCAAAAAGCACAACAGCACCAGGCGACGCAAUGCGGGUCUAGAUCCGAGCAUUAUCAACGAUUUCAUACAAAAGAAUGGACAGUUUAUAUUGCCGUUUCUGCAGAACCAGGGCAUGACCACCUCCUCGGAUGAGGAGGAAAAUUCGCGUGCCUCUUUCAAAAUUCACGAUCUCAAUGUGGUCGUCAAGCAGGAGAUGAGCGAUGAGGAUGAUGGACCCAAAAUACAAGAACUGCCGAGCAAUGGCAACGGCAACGGCUCCAAGGCAGCAGCUUUGGAGCAUUUCCUGAAGCACAUGCAGAAGUCCAGCGAAUCGAAUUGCAAUGGCAAUCGACACUCGCGCAACUCCCAGCGCAGUCGCAAGUCGCGCAAGGAGCCAACCAAGUCGCAUCAUGGUCACAAAAACGCUGAUCGGGAGCUGGAACUGGAUUUGGAUGUGGACUCAAAUAGCGAUUUUAAGCGCCAUUAUGCGCGCCAACUGGCUGCAGCACUGGACGUGAAUGGCGACUCGCUGAGCUGUUCCUCCGUCGAACUGGACAUACCCUUGGGCGGGAUGCUGCACAGUUCAUACAAUUCGGGCCUGUCCACGGGCAAGCCCAAUUCGCGAAACAGCAAAACCAGCUGCGACGUGGGCAUACAAGCGAAUCCCUACGAUAUAGCCACCCAUACGCUGCCCACCUAUGGCAACGAGGAGCUGCAGCAGGCCAUGCGACUGCUCAAUGCGGCGAGUCGACAGCGCAACGAACUGACAUCCGAGGAUGCCACCGAGAUGCAAUCCCUGCUCGGUCAUUCGCGACAUCACAAGGAGCCAACGCUCAUGAGUGAAUCGGACAAACUGAAAAUGUUGCUGCUGCCCUCCAAGUAGAACUGAACAACUGGAAUGAUGCAUUUACUUAAGUUUCUAAAACUCCAAUCUUCCAUUUUGAAGCCCUAAAAACGCAUAGAUUACGAAUACGAACUACGACUACGAAUACUCAUAGGAAUUAAGUUUUGAAAAGUUUACAAAAUCAUAUUUACACUAGAAUUUAUGUCCCUUUUGUGUGAAUAUAUAUAUAUGUCUCUUUGUAUGAUGACUUUAACUAGAUCGUAGCUCUAUAGUUUUAUAUAGAUGUAGACAUAUCCUAUGUAUGUUGUUUUAAAUGUACACAAAGUCGCCCUUUUGGGCCACAAUGCACAACGAAAACGAAACGAAUUGUGUUACAAAGUGCCUUAAAUGCUUACAAUUAAACAUUUUGUAACUAAUAAAUCGAUUUUAAAUCCAAUCUAAA